AUGAAAACAAUUUUUGGGGGUGGAGGAAGGGACUGAAAGCUAACUCUCCAGACACAAGCAUACAUGGGCUGGAGAAAUUAAGAAAAGGGAUUAUAGUUGAGUACAGUCCAGAGUAUGUGGUUACUAAGCAACAGGACUUUAAACUCUGUGUAGAAAGACAGCACAUUGACAUACCUCCUUUUCUCUCUUUCUAAGGAGGCAGUUUACAUUUGCAUCAUUUUACUAGCGAAAGAAGUUCUGUUCUUCAAGGAAAGGCUUUUUUCAUGAAUAAAGGGAGAAAAUGCCACUGCCGGUAACCCUGGAGCCAGGACCCACAUACUUCUUUGACCAGCUGAAAUCUAGAACAAAAGAACGGGGCAAGAAACUACCAGAAGAACUACCCACUGAUUUCAGUUCACUCACCACAAAUUCUCAUCCCACGGGCUUUAUUCCCAGCCUGCUCAAAUGCAGGAAUCCUGGUUGUACAGCAGAACAUGUGGAAGGAAAUGAAGACAGUUUCUUAAAAGAUGAUACAGCAAGAAGAGAGAAAUAUCCAUUUCUGCCUCAGAUAUCUGGCUCUUCCCUGUGCAAAACUAGCAGUGAAGCUCCCAGCUCAAAGCUCUCUCAAAUGCCUUCAAUCCUUCCAGCAGAUGAAGAAAUACAGCCAAGCCUGUUGGAUGAGUAUAAAUACAUGGCUCCCACCAUCUUACAUGAACUUGGAGAAAUAUUGCAGGUCUUUGCUAGCUAUGACAUUAUUUUCCCUCAGGGAAUUGUAAAUCUCCUGAACUACAGCUGGAAGGAGCUCACUGAAGGUGCUGAUUACAGUAAAAGGCACCAGCAGUCCCUAAGGUACAAAAGCAUAAGAUCAGGGAAAGGCCAAGCAUCAGAAGAUUGUGACAAGAUGGCACCAGGGUCUGAAUAUAUGGAUCAUGAAAUGACUCAAUGUGCAAAAGCUUGGUGCAAGAAGAGUGUUUUACCUGCAGAUUGUGCAAAGGAAAAAAGGAAUCCUAAAAUGGCACCAAAUAAGCCUCUAGGAGACAAAGCUCCUGUUACACAACAUGAUAUCCACUUACCUGUCACAAUCAGUUUCUCACUGUCAUCUAAACUGUCUGAGGAAAGAGGUUGGAGUUUCCUGCAUUCUGACUCUAAGUCUGAAGAUCUUGAAUGGAAAGUGCCUUUUGUCUGGGCGGUGGAGAGACUACGACAAGCUCAGAUACAAAUAAACUAUCAGAUAUCUAAGCUGAAAGAAGCAGGAUUUGACCGACCAGUCAUUCUUCGGCAUUAUGGUGAUACUGUGACAGAAAAUAUUUCUAAGAAAUUUAAGGAGCGGACCUGCAAGACCUUAUUUGAGCUGCUGAAUGGAAAACCCCAAACACCAGCAAUCAAGCAGGCAGACCCAGCAUUACGAAAACUACAUUAUGGGCUGAUUGAUGGCUCAUCUUUGAUUUACUAUCCUUCUGGUCAUCCUGCAGUCUGCCAAAGCUAUUCCGAUCUCCCAGGUGGUGGUGUGUACACCAAUAUAUUCACUGCCUCUCCAGAUCAGACUAUACUUGGAACCUUUACACCUUUUGGACAUGGCAGUAUUUGCCUUCAUAACAGUAACAUCAUAGCAAUGAUGUUUAAUCAGGAAGGAGGCAUGGUGACUAAUACAGAUGGAGAAAUAGUCAGAGAAUGGAUAUGGCCUCAGGUGGGAAAGCUUAGUGAUCCACUUUUAAUGCAGGUUAAUGACUACAUCACUGUGAGGAUUGCAGGGCGCUUUGCUAUUAGCUUGGUCUACAAGUGGCAACAUGAAAGCGUGCGGUUGUCUUUGUCACCACUACAAGGUGUGGCUCUUCCACAAUUAGAAGAACUGGGCCAGAUACGCACCAGAGUUAAACUUUCAUCCAAAUCAGCUAAAGAAUUCUCUAAAGUAAGCAGGAAAAAAUUGAGAGAGAAAGAAACAAAGAAGGUUCUAAAGAAAGAACCAAAGUUAUCAGAGUUGGUGAAGACACUUGAAAUUCCAGAGGAGAACAUAAGCCAUAUAAAUGACUUCAGUGCAGCCAGAGAAUUAAGAAAACUACAGCGGAAGAUCAAGACUAUUUUGGAUGACUGGCUGGAACAUUAUCGAAUGGCUUUUGAAAUUGACUCGCCACACAUUCACAAAAUGCCUGGCCUUCCUCAGAGAGCUUUAAGAAAACGCACAGUGCAGUCUGCAGCUGCUUCCCUGGUUACCUCAAUUGUACAGAGAGCACAAGAGAAGAACAGAGAGGACAGUGGAGCCCACAAGUCAGACAGCUCUCUUCUGCUAGCUCGUUUUCAAUCAGCUCCUGCUCACAACAUGCAGGGGGAGCUGUCGCCUUAUUCUCCCAGAAUUUCUUCUUUAGUAAACAGCAAUAUCAAACCAGAUCAGCCAAAUGUGCCUCAGUUCAGUUUAAAUAAAUACACCCCUGUAUUACAGAACUCCUACGUAUCUGGCGAUAAGCUAUUGUUUACAUCCCACAGUACUUGCCCUAUUGUCCUUCGGAGAAUACUGGUGGGGCAGGAAGGAAAGAUAUGCAGAUGUAGUAAUCAUCAGAUUCCAUAUGUAUCAGACCUGGAGUAUGAUCACCUUAUUAACAACCAGAUGUCUGCCCUGGAACAAAUCAUGGUGGUCUGUGUGUCUUCUUCAUUGAAAACAAAUGGGGAUCCAAGUGAAGACAAAUUAGAGCAGCUCCACGAGAGGAAGAACAGGAACCGAAGUAUGCCAUGUAUUCAGGGUCGCCUGGACUCCUAUCGUCUCCUCAAAUAUGACAUCACCUCUGCAGAUGAAUUUACCGGUCAUAAAGGUUCAUUACUGGUGCAAAGGCAUAAUGUUGUUCCCGGCAUGUUUUUGAUGUACAUUCAAGGAAAUCUGCUCUUUGCCAAUUAUAUUUUCAAUGGAUAUAGCAAGUCAGCUAAAGACCUUCAAAAACAAAUAGCAAAGACCAGGAGUGAUUACCGUAUGGGCUACUGUCUACCCAAAGAUUUCAGAUUCAGUGAUGGAGUGGGAGAAAACUGAUGGAGCAUCAAUCAUCACACAGCCAAUAAGACUUAGGAAAUCAGUUGAUUGCCAGGUGGACCUCAUCUGGGAACUGGCAAAUUAUAGGCUUUGUGGACAAUCACUAAGGAGGAUGUGAAGAAGGGAGUGUUUCUGGUCACUGCAUGUAGGGGUUGGGUCAGGAUUCUAAGAAAGAUCAAGGGCUUCGCUACACAGCAAGUUACUGCAUAGCAAACCAGGAUGUGCAUCUAGAGGGCACCAGCUGCUCUGCUGCACAAUGGAAGUCCCAGAGUGUGGCAUGGCUUACAAUGCUUUCAAGUAGUAAUACAGCAAGCUCCAAUGUGGGAUUUUUACUGUGCUGUAGCAGUGUCCACACAUGACAUUAUUGCUUGGCAAGCUUCUGCACUGUACUGGCUUGCCAGGCAGUAAAAUGCUGUGUAGACAAACCCCAAGUCCUGACCAAACAGCCUGCUUCCCCAUCUUUGAUACCCAUAUAUUCACUGCUACUGAACUUGUCAAUUUAGUGUGUGUAUAGUAACUGAUCAUUCACAAUAUGUUGUGGUAAAGGCUUGUUCAUCAGAGAUCAGAUCCGGGGUCUUAAAUGUUCAGCUGGUAUUUAAAUAAGUGCCGUUUGCCAUUCAGAGAAUAUAUUAGACCAGGUGGCAAUCGCUGAAGAUAAAACUAGGUUUUAUUUUGAUUCAACAACUUCUUGUUUUGCAUAGCAAUGAAAACAUUUAUCAAAUAAAUCCUGUUGAAUAUAAAUACUUUUUUCCCUCCACCAAGCCAAAUAUUUUCUUUCAUUUCAUCUCAUCGCAGCAGCUAAACAUAUGGGAUAGACAGACAACUAGUCCUCAUUACAAUGGGAAAAUAAAGUUCAGUAGUUGAAAAGUUCAUUGACUUGCUUAUUUGCAAAGAAAUUAACAAAACUGUGAUGCAAUUCUGCUAUUCACAUCCAUCCAAAAUGUCCAAUGAAAUCAAUAAAGUGUUGAGUGUGCAAGGAACACAGGCAUAAGGUGCAGCUUGGAAACUCAAUAAAACCAGUUAGUCUUGACCUAGUCCAUCAGUAUUUCUCCUUAUAUGUGGAUUAGUUGAUUAGUCUGCAGUGAGGAGUAGGAACGAUUUAUCAGGAGCUCAAUUAUCUUAUUACUGUAACACCAAUAGAGGGCUUGGCAAUUGCUGAUCUUGCUUCUUAUUGAUACAAAGAUGUUCUAAUCUACUUUUAAAGUUGUAUAUUGUUUAUAAUUCACCAAACCCACAUCCGUUAGUGUAUGGUUUUUCACUUUAUGUUAUAUAAAUAAAAAUAAAAUAAAAAAUGGUGUUCAUCAAUAAUAAAUAUUUCUAUCAUAGAUAUCUGUCUAUAUUCAAGUGUUUACUUGCUACUAUGUCUGUAAAACUUAAGGGCAGAAAUUAGAUGGGCUAUCAGAUUACAAUCAAAUCUAGGAAAGUGAGUUUUGCCUUUAGGAUUCCUUCUAGCUGGGUCUGGUCGAGAAGAAAUACCUUCAACAUUAUUUAACCAUACAUAACUGUGUGCUCCUCCAAAACUUUAUGAAGGCACUAAUUUUAAAUGGGAUAUGGAAAAUGUAUUUGCUGUCAAUUCUACUCACUGCAGAGAACUCUGGCUACCAAUAUUUAAUGUGGAUGUCAUGCUAAAUACAAUCAGAUUUAAAAAUUAAUCAAAACCUAAAAUGUAAGAACUUUGUUCUUAUUAAGAUCUCAUUCUGCAGUUAUCAAUCAAAGAACACUGAUCAGCUUUAGUUCUCCAAUAUGCACAAUAUGUUAACACAGUGCCUGGGUGCUAAUGCAGACCACUGUACAGUAUAAAUUUGUAAAAUGCAGCAAGAAAUGUAGAUGGUCAAAAAAUCUAAUCAACUGCUCAAGAGGCUCGAGCUUGAAAACAAUGACUUUUCAACAGACAUCAUCAUGAGGAAAUUUGGACUAUAAGAGUCUAUUUAUAGGUAGCUGGGAGCAAGUUAUCAAAUCAAAGGAAGCCAUUCUUUGGGUGCAGUGGGCUGUUAACCAGAUUUUUCUGCAGGGAGGAUAUUAAAUAAAUAGCCAUUAAAGUAGAUUACCCACUAGUACAAUUACAUGUGGCAUCUUAAAUGGAUGCAAAUGUAAGAGUGUGUGUGUGUUUUUUUAAGAACCCACUAGAUAAGUUUGCCAAUUUUAUUUGCAUUUAAUAGUCAAUUGAUUUACUCAUAUAAAAUUUGUAUUUCUUUUAACGAUGAUGAAAGCUAAGAUUGCUUGCUCCAUAGGUUCACUCUUUUCUCACACAUGUUUAAUCCCAAGUGCUCAGCCAGAGUCUGUUCUUUGGGUCUUUUGCUCCUGAGGUCUGCAGUAAACACUGCAGAAAUUACUGGCUCAAACGAGAGAUAUGGGGUGUAUUUUUGUAGCUAACAGAGCACCUAGCAGCUCCCAUUAACUUCAGCUGAACUUGUGAGAGUAGUGAAAAUCAAGCCCCAGAUAAUUUUGUAAGUAUUUAUCACAAUAGUUUAGAGUGUUGUUGUAGCUGUGUUGGUCCCAGGAUAUGAGAGAGACAAAGUGGAUGAGGGAAUAUCUUUUAUGGACCAACUUCUGUUGGUGAGAGAGACAAGCUUCUGAGCUUACACAGAGAGCUCUGUGUAAGCUUGAAAAUUUCUCUCUCUCUCCAGUCAUUUAAAGGAUAUAGGAUUCCAUUACCUGGAUUUAGGAAAAAGAGAUAGCAAUAUUGGGAUACACAGAUGGUCAUGAGAUGCUGGUGGCUGAGCUGAUGGAAAAAGUAUCAGUGAAAAAUAAAAUCAGAUAAAAGGAAGAAUUAGCUUGAAAAAAACCAUCAGGGCACUUGGUGAACUUGAGAGUCUUAAGUCAAGGGCAAGGAAGACUUUCUUCUCAAGUGGGAAUGACAAUGUUCCACACACUCCCAGUCUAUUUAAACCAGUUCUAAAAUUAGAAAGACAACUGGUAGAAAGACUACCAUAGAGAGAAUUGCAUCAACGGUUCCAUUUUCUCAGUAGACCCCUUUCAGGUCUGGAGUAGAACUGACUCCACUACCAAAAGGGAUGCUUAGCUGCUCAGUACAUCAUGGCUGAGCAGAGGACUAUAUUUCCACAAUGUAUCCUAGGCAUCAUUCAUUCUACAGCCUCCACCCACAUACGCCUACACAAGGGUGCAGAAUACACUAUCACAGGCAAAUAAAGCAUUUAAAGACAUUCCCCUCCCUUAAUCAGAGUGCAAGGGAGCAGAAGAAACAGGGAGAAGACAGCAGAGGAUACACUGUGUAAACCACGAUCCUGAGCCACUUACUCCGUCUGUUACAUGUUAAUAUUUCCCCAUUUAGGAGCUAUGAAACUUCACAUAUUAAACCCAGUGUUUCCUCAAAAUCAAUACCAGGGGAGGGAGAAGGUUGCAGGGCAGGCUUGGUCUUGUUACAAAAUGACCAAGGGGAUGUUGUCUCAGGUGCGGGAGCAUCCAUUGAGCUCCCUUUGCUCCACAUUCCCUCAUGGCAACCAAUACUCUCAGGAACUUUACAGCCAUUAAGUCUCUGCUGAUGGUUGCACCAU